UGUGACGUGCAUGAUAAUUGCUGACAGUAUUCGAAUUUCAUUUUUUGAAUCGUGUGUCUAUUCGACCCAAAAAGUUAGUUCCUUUUAAAGUUUUAACGAUCAUAACCAUCGUCACUCUUGUUCCUACAACGUGAAAACAACGAACGUGACUGUGUAACUUUACGUCUAAUUUACGAUACAUUUUUACUCGCUGUGUUGUUCUCUAUUUAGAGCACUUUCAAUGGGAAGCAGCGGCCAAUUGUAUAGUCUCUCCUGGGGAGAAUUUAGUUCAUCGUUAGCUUCUGCAGUGCAGCUAUUGAGAGGUCAUGGUGAUUUGGUCGAUGUUACUUUAGCUGCCGGUGGACGCAGUUUUCCUGCGCAUAAGAUAGUUCUUUGUGCAGCUAGCCCCUUCCUAUUGGAUUUGUUAAAGAGCACACCGUGUCAGCAUCCAGUGGUCAUGUUAGCUGGUAUAGGCGCCGAUGAUUUGGAAUCGUUAUUGGAGUUUGUAUACCGUGGUGAAGUGAGCGUAGAACCAUCUCAAUUGCCUUCUCUGCUUCAAGCUGCUCAUUGCCUUUGUAUUCAUGGAUUAACACCACCUACUAUAUUAACCGAAAAUGGAGAAGAAGUACCUGCAUCGGAAAUACCGGCAGCAAACGAAGCCUUAUCGAAAGAAACGAUUAGUCCAUAUUUUCCAUUAAAACGACGGAAAAAAAGAAGAAAGUCCUCGUCUUCUUCUGGGAAAUGGCCGCGUACUAGUAGUAAUGUCGAUAAUGAAAAUAGGCCCGUAGAUGGAAGCGAUAGCCGAUCAGUUGGUUACGAUCACAAAGACGAAGACAAUACGGAGCAUGGCGAUGAUACAGUGAACGAUCGAUUGGAAUAUUCGAAUCAUCGGAGUUGUCAUUCGCCACGUCCACAAGAAGCGCAACCAGUUACGACAGAAAAUUCUCAAGCAGGACCGCAUCAAGAUCAAAUAUCGGACAAUGAGUCGCAUCUUCAUACUUUAAUGCCAAUGCAGCCAUAUUCUCCACUGCACAUACCGCAAUUUCCUGGUCCUCUCAGUAUGGGUUUUCCUCCUGGUAUACCGCUUCCGUUAGUUACUCAAGGUUCAACUUCUGGAACAGCGUCUUGUGGACUUACUGGGAAUAUGAAUUUGUCUAAAAUACGUGGUGCGUCGGAUUGUCCUGGCGUUUGCCCGCUUUGUGGUGCUACGUUACGGCAAGCAAGAAAUUUACGUAGACAUCUCCUAUCGUCUUGCAAAUAUAGGUUUAGUAGUAAUCCGGUUCCGAGUUCUCCAGCUGACGCGAUGAUAAUAGAAAUAAAACCUGAAGUCGAACUGCCCGGUUACAAUGAGCAGUCUAUGACAUAUGGAACUGAUAGCGGAAGUAGUACCUGUGAGCAAAUAAUUUGUAAGCCCAGUCCACUUCCUUCGCCGACGUCGCACGGGCCGAAUGUUGUCUCGCCACAAAGCAACAUUCCGUCUCCAAUUGCUAGAUGAAUGUACAGUACGGAAUUAAAGGCAAACAUUUGAUACGAGCAGAAUUAUUAUUCUGUGAAUUAUUUAAUUUCGUUAUUGUGAUUCGGGGGUUAUGUUGUUUUUUUUUUCAGCGAUUUGUUCGACCCCAAUAUGUUAGAAACUUAAAUUAAGAAAGCGCAAUCAUUUUUUACCUAUCAUUUUAAUGUACUUAUAUGAAUUUAUGUUUAAACUAUUAGUUGUUUGCGUUGAUCGAUGAAGUACAGAAGAAAUGGACUGACGUUAUUUUGAUCAGUUUGUAAUGAAUUGAUUGUUAUAUUACUUGUAUAGUUUAUUUUAUAUUUCUAUCUUAUUAAUUUCUCUUUUUCUGUGGCUCAAAUUAAUUCGAAACGAUCCGAAGAAUGUAAAACGAACUUCAUAUAUAAAAAUCUUCCACAUUAGUAAGUAAGAUCGGAAUCUUAGGGAUAAUGGGAAUAGCACUUGGUGAAAAACUAGGCAUAGUAAAAAUGAUGGUUUAAGUAUUGCAAAAUGUUUCUUCUGAAUUUUCCAUGCCAUUCAGAUAUUUGCUACGUGUUUCAUACAAAUUUACUUUUGUAACGCAUUUUUUCAUUUAUUUUGCAAACAAAGUACUGAAUUAAUGUUUUAACAUUAUACACGUGUAAGUGGAAUUUGAAUUUCUGUCGAUUUAUAUAUUUUCUGGAAAAACGAUGCUAAUGACAAAGUUUAAGUAAAAACGAAGUAUUUCCAUUUUUUUUUGACUAAUUGUUUCUCGAUUAAUAAAAGAAACUCCUGUAUAUUAUUUAUUAUAGCGUCAGAGUUUGGUAAAUGUUUAACUGUCAGAAAUUCAAGUUCCUCCGCAUAUAAAUUUAUUCUUUUUUUUUAAGGCUACCAUUAUUAUUAUCAUCGGUAUGCAUCUCGUUUAGAAUUUAGAUUCGAGUUUCAUAGUCGUGUACGUAUACAGCAAGAAUAAUUUGGAUCGCGUCUACAAUAUUUCUAAUCUACAUUAGGUAAGAAAAUUUAUCAAGAGAAAAGUAAAUAGUUUUCUGAGCUACUUUUGCGAAUACUUUCUAGGGAAUAUAAUCUUUUUGUACUGCCCUUACGCGAGAAGAAGGAUAGGCAGUAUUUACAUGGACUAACUAGAGUGUGAAUAUAAAUACUGCCUAAACCUUUUUCUCGUACAAAGACAGUAUGCAUAUACAGGGUGUUCGGCCACCCCUGGGAAAAAUUUUA